AACUUGACAGGACAGUGCAAAAAAAAAGCUCUUAGCCAGCUUCUAAACUGGUGUGAUGGGAAUACCUUAAACAAAUGCUCCUGUGAUUAUGGGCCAUUUCAUGAACAAUCUUUACAAAACAACUACCUGACUUUUAUUGCAUUGGAUUCUGAGAAGAUCACAAAGUUUUCAUUUUGUGCUUUUUUCUGCUUGUUUUAAUUUCUUUAAUAUUGUCCAGGUGACCCCGUAACUGUGACUGCCUUUAUACAUGUGCUGUAUAUAUACCAUAUAUGUUUACAAACAUUUCUCAGUGUAACUGUAUCCACAUUAAAAACAUGCUGUGUGUUUUGCACUUCUCUAGGUAGUUGCUUUUCCUGUUAUUUUCAAACUGUGUUUUUUUCUAUUUGUAUGUCCCUUUCAUAUACAGCAUUGAAGGAUUUAAUCUUUUGAAAGUAAUCAGGAAGACCCUUGAGGCACAGUUACGUCAAGGGAUCGCUGGGGUUAACAAUUGUUCUGCUGGCAUUCCUCAGUGGGUAUCAGUCUGGCCUUGUCUGAAAUGGUUGAUCAGUUUAUCCCCAUGACCCAUUCUCAUAAUGUAAAUAUACGCGAGAAUACUUUUUUGUUAUGGAACGAUAAUUUCAUACGAAACAUAAAAGUGUAUGCUUCUAUAAGCAAACUCUUUUCACCCUCAAUCAGAAAGCGAUUUCUUAAGGUGAGACUUCAAGGGCAGUUUUAAUAGGCUCUAUAUGUUAUCACAAAAGACCUGGGAGGCGGGAUGGGUAUCUCGAGUGUUAAUACUGGUUCAGACAUAGAUACUCAGUGACCUGGGGCUACGCAGCGCCCAGCACGGAGCAGGGAGACGUAUCACCCGGGUGUCCGUCUGACUGGAGUGCGGGAAAUGGAGAGAGAAAAAAACACGCCGAUUUGAAUUCCUUCACAAGCGUAGUCAGGCUGGAGAACAGAAAGCUACCAUCCUUCCAGCCGCGCCAGCCAAUGGUGGUGCACUAUCUUCUUUGGCAAUUGUUUCCAGGGCAGUGACACCGCCGACACCCCCUCCUCCGCGCGGCCUCUCCUUUCUCCCAGGUCCCGUUCGCGAGUCGCACUCGCGCAGCUCCCGAGUUAGCGAGCGCCGGCGUGACGUCACGGCCCGGGGUUUCCACUCUCCGGAUAGGCAGAGUGUGUGAGCUCGACGGCGUCAUGGCGGAGGCCGGCAGAGAGAGGACCCGUAACUGAUCUGGCUGCAAUCAACAAUCUUUCGAUUAAAGAAAGCCCGUGCUUCGGUAUCGAAAGGAGAAACUGGGGAAAAAAGCAUAUUAAUACCUCCCCCCGACCCUUCUGGCAGCCCGGAGGAGGAACCCUGAGGGAGCCGGGCUCUUACGAAACCCGAGUUUACAACCGAGCCGAAGUGGUACUCAGCAGCUCACAGCGACACAGGACCUGGCAAAGAAAACAGAAAUUGUUACAAAAAAAGGAGCCCGAGAAGUCGGACGGAGGCAGGCGACCCAGGAGGCUACCCGGAGCCGCUGAGGAGUCCUGGAUGAAGAAACCGCAGUCCCUGUAACGCUUCAGUCAUCAAAAGUGGUCUGGACCCGUUUGCGUUCUUCGAGCACCUGGCAGAGAAGGCCGUGGAACCGGAGCUGUUUCCGAUUUAAGAAAUGGAUGGGCGCAGCGACGAAGAAAGUGUGAGCAACAGCAGUGGGGAAUCCAGGUACGGUAUCGUGUCGUCUCUGUCGAAACAUCGAGUGCGCUGCUUGAAAGUGAAGAGCAGGAGAGGCACUGCCUGUGCUUUUCUUCGCCUUUUAGAGUUUGGAAAGCGCAGCAACCACACAUUUUACAGCGAUGGCAGCAGCAGCCAGUCGGGGAGCAGCGACUCGGGCAGCGGCUCGGACUCGGGCAGCCAGUCGGAAUCGGAGUCCGAGGAGUCCAAGGAGAAGAGCCAGCCGGAAAACAAAACCCAAAAAAUUGACGGGGCAGAGUUCUGGAAGUCCAACCCUAGUAUUCUGGCUGUGCAGCAGUCGGCCAUGCUCAGGAAACAGCAGCUUCAGCAGCAGCAGCAGCAGCAACAGCAGCAGCAAAGCUCAUCCAACAGUGGAUCAGAAGAGGAUUCAUCUAGUAGUGACGAAUCAGACGAUGACUCCUCAAGCCAGGCUAAGAGGAAAAAAAAGCGUAAAGAUGAGGACUGGCAAAUGUCUGGCUCUGUGUCUGGUUCCAGGUCAGGGUCCGGGUCUGGAUCGGGCUCCGGUUCAGAUUCUGGUUCUGACUCUUCAGAAGAAGGUGAAAACAGUGAUGAGAGUGUGUCUGACUAUGAGCCAAGUCACAAAAUCAAAAGCAGGAAGCCUCCAAACAGGACUAAUGCAAGAAAUGGUAAGAAAGGCAAAGCUCUGAAGAAGAAACCAGGAGGGUCGUCUUCGGAUGAAGAUGAUUACGACAAGAAGGGGCCGCGGCGGCAGGCUACUGUGAACGUGAGCUAUAAGGAAGACGACGAAAUGAAGACCGAUUCGGACGACCUAGUCGAAGUGUGCGGGGAGGACGUUCCGCAGCCUGAGGAAGAUGAGUUUGAAACUUUAGAAAAAGUGAUGGAAAUGAGAAUAGGGAGGAAAGGAGCUACUGGUGCUGCCACAACUGUGUAUGCGGUGGAGACAGAUGGGGAUCCCAACACUAACUUCAACCCAAACAAGGAGGCCGGGGAGCAGCAGUAUUUGAUUAAAUGGAAAGGAUGGUCUCACAUUCACAACACCUGGGAGACGGAAGAAACACUCAAACAGCAGAAUGUGAAAGGCAUGAAAAAACUGGACAACUUCAAGAAAAAAGAACAGGACAUAAAGCGAUGGUUAAAAUCGGCAUCUCCUGAAGACGUAGAAUAUUACAAUUGUCAACAGGAAUUGAUGGAUGACCUGUAUUCACAGUAUCGGAUCGUGGAAAGAAUAAUAGCUCAUUCUAAUCAGAAGUCGGCAGCUGGUUACCCGGACUAUUUGUGCAAGUGGCAGGGUCUUUCAUAUUCCGAGUGCAGCUGGGAGGAUGGGGCCCUCAUCUCCAGGAAAUUUCAGAAGUGCAUUGAUGAUUAUAUGAGCAGAAACCAAUCCAAGACUAUUCCCUUCAGAGACUGCAAGGUGUUAAAACAGAGACCUAGGUUUGUUCCCAUGAAGAAGCAGCCCCCCUAUAUUGGGGGGGACGGACUAGAGCUCAGAGAUUAUCAGUUGGAUAGCUUGAACUGGAUGGCACAUUCCUGGUGCAAGGGAAACAGCUGCAUCCUUGCUGAUGAAAUGGGUCUUGGAAAAACCAUACAAACUAUUUGCUUUCUCAACUAUAUGUUUAAUGAUCAUCAGUUGUAUGGCCCAUUCUUGUUGGUGGUACCCCUUUCUACUCUCACGUCCUGGCAGAGAGAGAUUCAGCUGUGGGCUCCCCAGAUGAACAUUGUUGUUUACCUGGGAGACAUCAACAGCAGAGGCAUGAUCAGAACACAUGAAUGGAUGCAUCCACAAAACAAGCGACUAAAGUUCAACAUUUUACUGACGACUUAUGAAAUUUUGCUGAAAGAUAAGACGUUCCUGGGUAAUGUGAACUGGGCCUUCAUUGGUGUUGAUGAAGCCCAUCGGUUGAAGAAUGAUGAUUCCCUUCUUUACAAGACUCUGAUUGACUUCAAGUCGAAUCACAGGCUUCUCAUCACUGGGACCCCCUUACAGAACUCUCUGAAGGAGCUCUGGUCUCUGCUGCAUUUCAUCAUGCCGGAAAAGUUUCAUUCCUGGGAGCUGUUUGAGGAAGAGCAUGGCAAAGGCAGGGACUCGGGCUACACGAGUCUCCACAAGGAGUUGGAGCCCUUCCUGCUGCGCCGUGUCAAAAAGGAUGUGGAGAAGUCUCUUCCUGCUAAAGUCGAGCAGAUACUGCGAGUGGAAAUGAGUGCAAUCCAAAAGCAGUACUACAAGUGGAUAUUGACCAGAAAUUACAAGGCCCUCAGCAAAGGCACGAAGGGCAGUACCUCAGGCUUCCUCAAUAUAAUGAUGGAGCUGAAAAAGUGUUGUAAUCAUUGCUACCUCAUUAAACCACCAGAGGAUAACGAGUUCUAUAACAGACAAGAGGCCUUACAGCACCUGAUCCGCAGCAGCGGGAAGCUGAUCCUGCUCGACAAGCUCCUGAUCCGCCUGAAAGAGCGAGGCCACCGGGUGCUCAUCUUCUCUCAGAUGGUGCGCAUGCUGGACAUUCUGGCGGAGUACUUGAAGAACCGGCAGUUCCUCUUCCAGAGACUGGAUGGAUCUAUUAAAGGAGAAAUGAGAAAACAAGCACUGGAUCAUUUUAAUGCAGAAGGGUCAGAUGAUUUCUGCUUCCUGCUGUCUACGAGAGCUGGUGGUUUGGGCAUAAACUUGGCUUCUGCAGAUACUGUGGUGAUAUUUGAUUCAGACUGGAAUCCUCAAAACGACUUGCAGGCACAAGCCAGAGCCCACAGGAUUGGGCAGAAAAAACAGGUUAACAUCUAUCGUCUUGUGACAAAGGGAUCAGUGGAGGAGGAAAUCAUAGAAAGGGCAAAGAAGAAGAUGGUUCUGGAUCAUCUGGUGAUCCAGAGAAUGGACACCACUGGAAAAACUGUGCUGCACACAGGCUCUGCCCCCUCCAGCUCCACUCCAUUCAAUAAAGAAGAGCUCUCUGCUAUCCUGAAGUUCGGCGCCGAGGAGCUCUUCAAAGAGCAGGAAGGAGAGGAGCAGGAGCCGCAGGAGAUGGAUAUUGAUGAAAUCCUGAAGCGAGCCGAAACCCGCGAGAACGAUCCAGGCCCGGCCACUGUAGGGGAAGAGCUGCUUUCACAGUUCAAGGUGGCUAAUUUCUCCACAAUGGAAGAUGAUGAGAUUGACCUUGAUGGGGAGCACAAUGGCAAGACCUGGGAUGAUAUCAUUCCUGAGGAGCAGCGAAAGAGGAUGGAGGAAGAGGAGAGGCAGAAAGAGUUGGAGGAAAUUUACUUGCUACCCAGAAUGAGAAACUGUGCCAAACAGAUAAGCUUUAAUGGUAAUGAAGGCAGGCGCAGCAGGAACCGAAGAUACUCUGGGUCAGACAGCGACUCAGUUUCAGGUAGAAAGCGUCCAAAAAAACGAGGGAGGCCUCGAACUAUUCCACGGGAAAACAUCAAAGGCUUCAGUGAUGCUGAAAUAAGAAGGUUCAUAAAGAGCUACAAAAAGUUUGGUGGACCUCUCGAAAGGCUUGAUGCAAUUGCCCGGGAUGCAGAAUUGGUGGACAAGUCUGAAUACGACCUCAAGCGACUAGCGGAAACAGUGCAUAAUGGCUGCAUAAAGGCAUUAAGAGAAAACUCCUCCGGCCCAGAAAAGACUGGAGGAGGGAGACGGGGGAAGGUGAAGGGGCCCACUUUCCGUAUCUCAGGAGUUCAGGUCAACGCGAAGUUGGUCAUCUCUCAUGAAGAGGAGUUGGCACCACUGCACAAGUCCAUUCCUGCUGAUCCUGAAGAGAGAAAAAGAUACACCAUCCCCUGUCAUUCAAAGGCAGCUCACUUUGAUGUUGAGUGGGGUAAAGAGGAUGAUUCUAACUUGCUCAUAGGCAUCUAUGAGUACGGGUAUGGGAGCUGGGAAAUGAUAAAAAUGGACCCAGAUCUCAACUUAACAAUAAAGCUAUUACCAGAUGACCCUGAUAAGAAACCACAGGCUAAACAGUUGCAGACCAGAGCUGACUACCUCAUUAAAUUACUGAGCAAAGACCUGGCCAAGAAGGAGGCCCAGAGACUAGCUGGAACGGCUAAUUCUAGGAAAAGGAAGCCAAGAAGCAAGAAGAACAAGGUGGUGAAGCCAGCAAAGGUGGAAGAAGUGAAGAGCGACUCCUCUCCACCUCCUUCAGAGAAGAGCACAGAGGAGGAGGAAGAGGAGGAGGAGGAAGAGGAGGAAAAGGAGGAGGUUACCCCAGUAAAGCCUCCCAGUAGAAGGGCUAAAGCUGAAAGAGUCACCAAGGAGAGCGAAGAAGAUCCUGAGCCCGAGGUUGUGACUAAAAAGGAGCCGGAAGAGAAGAAGGAAGUGAAAGAAAAGGAAAACAAAAAAGAAAAUAAGAAGGAUAAAAAAGAGGAAACCAGAGACACAAAAGAGAAGAAAGAAUGUAAGGAGAAAAAAGAAACUAAAUUGGUGGAACCUGUUAACAGAAAAGAAGAAGUCAAAGAAGAAAAGGUAACUGAAAUCAAAGCUGAAAACAAGGAGAAGUUGAAGAAGUUGGCUGACACACCGAUCCAUAUUACUGCCAGUGGGGAUACUGUACCCAUUUCUGAGGAAUCUGAGGAGCUGGAUCAGAAAACGUUCAGUGUGUGUAAAGAGAGAAUGCGGCCGGUGAAGGCAGCGCUGAAGCAGCUGGAUCGACCAGAAAAAGGUCUUUCUGAGAGGGAGCAGCUCGAGCACACUAGACAGUGCCUGAUCAAAAUUGGAGAUCACAUCACUGAGUGUCUGAAGGAGUACACAAACCCAGAACAGAUAAAACAGUGGAGAAAAAAUCUAUGGAUAUUUGUCUCAAAGUUUACAGAAUUUGAUGCUAGAAAACUACAUAAGCUUUAUAAACACGCCAUUAAGAAAAGACAGGAAAGUGCUCAGGCAGCUGAUCAGAAUGUUACUACUGUAAACACAGUUGGCUUAAAGCAUGCAGAUGUAGAAAGGCUAAAGGACAACUCUCAGCAUGAUGACAGCAGCAGGGAUAGCUAUACCUCAGAGAGGCACCACUCGUCACAUUACCACGACCACCAUAAGGACCGGCACGGAGGAGAUCCGUACAGGAAAAGCGAUUCUUCGAGGAAGAGACCUUAUUCCGCAUUCAGCAAUGGCAAGGACCACCGGGACAGGGAUCACUACAGGCAAGACAACAGAUACUACAGUGACAGCAAGCACCGAAAGCUGGAAGAUCACAGGAGUCGAGACCACAGGUCAGGCUUGGAAGGCAUCAUGAAAGAAAGGUCACACGCUGACCACCGUUCUCAUUCAGACCACAGAUCGCAUUCUGACCACAGGUCCAGCACAGAUUAUGGGCACCACAAGACCUCGCGUGAUUACAGGUACCAUUCGGACUGGCAGAUGGACCACAGGGCUUCUGGGAGUGGCCCAAGGUCCCCCCGGGACCAGAGGUCUCCCUAUGACUCAAGGUCUCCUCUUGGACACAGGUCGCCUUUUGAGUACUCAUCUGACCACAAAAGCACACCAGAGCAAAUCUGGUGUAACCGCAAGACAUAACACAAGCUAAGAUGUCGUAUCUGGACUUUUAUUAGCCAUAGAAAACAGUUAAAACACAGUAAAUGCCUUAUGUGACUUGUGAAAGCUCUCUGGACGGUGGUGUGAUUUUCAAGGGGCAGAACGGCUUCUUCUUUCCAGGUUGCGAGGUGUAAUAUCCCAUUUAAAGAAAAAGAAAAAUAUUUUUGUAUUUAAGGGUAAUGCUGCACUGUGCCACGGAAGCUGUGGCAUUUUUUUUUAAAUGGAUGACUUGUUUACUUCUACACAACAAACCUGAACGCUGCCCAUCCCCCACAAGACUGGAUCGUGGUUAUUGAUUUUCACUUUUUAUGUGGUCUCUGGUUUAUUUAAAAACUGUCUAACAAUAAAGAACGUAAUAUAUCUGUAUCAUUAAUCAUACCCAAGAAUGGAAUAAAGGGUUUUUAAAAUGACCUGAAGGACUUCGGCUCACCUUCCAAAGUAACUUGUUUACAGUGUAAAUUGUGACCACCUUGCCGAUUUUUGCAUCAUGCUUGAAUAUUUAAUUUCUGUACUUUCCACUGUAAAAUAACCUGGAUUAUUUUAUUUUUUGUGAUCAAUUUAAAAUGCCUUUUUUAUAAAUGUUCUGCUGUAAAUUAUUGUAAAAUACGUAAUUGAAUGGGCUUUUUCUUCUCAGGCUUUUUUUUUUAUUUGUUUUUGACUGUUUCCCUUUCCUCACCAACUCAGGCCUUCUUGUCAGUCAUGAAUUUCUCAGUUUCUUAUUAUAUGCUAGUCUCAACGAAUCACUGUUCAGAAUGUAACACUGGGGAAAGGAAACUGUAUUCCAUUAUGUACUCCUUUAGUGUCCCCUUUGUUCUCUUAGGUCUUUAUUUACUUUUUUGUUCAGUUGUCAGUGUUGUGAAAUAGUAGUUUUGAAAAGAUAAAAGCCUUUCAUUUUAAUUCCAGCUUGUGAUAUCAAAUUGUGGAAAUGGUCAACAACAGAUAGAGAUACCAGUUAGCUCUCAAAUGAAAAUUUUAGUGUGUCCAUUUUGUUUUUCUUUUAUAAUAUAGGCAAUAAUAUCAAUUGUUCUAUGCAGCCAAAUGUAUUUCUGGUAAUGUCUGGGCAAAUUGAAAGAUACUGUUACAGUGCACACUGUUGUAUAUAGAUUCCUUCUAUAUAUUACAAAUUAAAUUUACACAGAAAAAUGCAUGGGUUUUUCUUUUAUAUGGUAUUAUGACGUCAUUAAGCCCGAUCACUGUAUUCACUUUUAAUGUUAAAUUGUGAAAAAAAAAAACUUUGGCAUUCUGUACAAGCCACAGUAUUUAGGUUUUGUAAUUUUGUGUUGAAGGAAAAAUACCAUGAGUGGUGAUGGGUGGGUUAAAGUUUUACCCUGCUUAUCGACUAGAUCAAGAGUUUUUUUUAAACUGCCUCAGACACCUCCAAGUUGUAUUUAACCACUACAACAAAUCUCAGGGAAUUCAGUACCAACGUUCGUCUUCUUCAUACCAAAUUAUUGGUCAACAGAAGAAAAAUUCGGACAGGAAUUCAAAUACCCCUUCUCCACUGCAUAAACAGGCCUCAGAGGGUUGGGCAAUUACUGAGCCCAGUUUUUUUUUCCCCAUUAACUGCAGACUGCUUGCUGUGAUGAUAAAGCUGGGAAAAAUAAAAUAUAGGCGAAAGGCUCAGAAUUUUUCCUUUCCAAAAUACGUUAACUCAGUCUUUCUAGCUGAAGUAACUUUUUGUUUUCACUAGCGCAGCAUUUUCUUAACGAAGCACAACACCACUGUGUAAAAGUGAAGCUAAGUACUGCAUCUUCCAAUCCAUCGCACUUCAGGUUUUUUUUAUCACAAAAGGAAACUUAAUCGUUUUUGUGCUUAGACCUUGUAAGGGCAUGGAUUUGAGUGUCUGAUGUCUAACCACUAUUUUUUGACAUUUUACAAACUGAACACUUACAGUGCAAAUGUACUUUUUUAUGCCUUUUGAUGUUUCAGUGCAUGAAAUGACAAAAAGUAAUUUAUAUUUUAAGUGUACUGUUACAUGAUCUUUUUAUUAAGAGGCAGAUGACUAACUUGAGAGGUAGUGCCGUGAGUUUUUACUAUGAGAUAGUUAUCAACUCUGAGUUCCUUCGGGUAGUUUAGUCUAUAGUUUAUGGAAGGAACAAAGUUGCACCAGGGGGCGCUCUCUAUCCAUGGGUUUUAUUUUAAGAAUAAAGUGCUUUUCUUAGCUGUCAAGUAGUGUUUUUUAAAAAUACUUUUUUGAUCGAAAUGUCCUCUUUAGUGAUGCAAAGUAAUCAAAAGUUUACUUUUUUGUUUAAAUAUUUUGCUUUGGUACUAGGCAUAGAUUAUCAGUACACUAAGAUCUUGUCUUCAUGUGGUACUAUAAAAUCCGUUUUCAGUGUGUCUAUUGGUAUUUAUUUUAAAACAUCAAUAUAUGUAGCACUGUAUUCUGAAGUGCUAUAAAUGUUUUUGUCUUUAUAAAAAAGUCCUGUUUCAGUAGUAGGUGUAUA